UCUCUUUAACCCGAGGUUACAGUGUCACCACCUCUUUAACUUGUGGUUACAGUCUCACCAUCUCUUUAACUUGUUAAAGUGUCAAAUGAUGUGAGAGAAGGUUCAUAGUCCAGCAUAGUUCAGAUCAACCAAUACAUCAGUUGAUAUCAAUACAUGAACGAUCAGUCGACAUUAUUGUGAAGAAUAUGGCAGCUUCCUAAACCUUGUGGUUACAGAAAAGUUGUAGAACAAAUGAAUGUUUACAAUGUACAGAUGUUGGGCAAAUGUCAUCCAGACAAGCUCUAACCGUCCUUCUUAGUGCACUUGCACCACAUUAAAUCUAUGUAUGAAUGUAUCUCGACUUCUUUACCCAAUGUACAACAUCCACUAAGUCGUUGAACAUUUACCUUGCUCAGACCUCUACCCAGCCAGUCGUGGACAACGAGUGUGGGGACAGAUCGACAGUGGACAAUAGGGUGGACACUGAGUUUUACAUUGCCUCUGUGGGGACGGAGGAUACCGGCACCUACAACUGCUCAGCCACCAACCAGCGGGGAACCAGACAGACUAACUACGAAGUUACAGUUGAAGAAAAAGCAAUAUUUACAUCCAAGUUAGAAGAUCAGAGGCUGAUGGAGCUGUCUGGAGGCGUUGCUUCAUUCAAGUGUUUAACCCAUGGAAACCCAAGCCCUAAGAUUGACUGGAUCAUUAACGGCCAGCAAUGGGCACAAUGCUACUUCAGCAGCUGCCGUGAGAGAAGCACGCGUGGAGAUUCACCAGGGUACUCUGGUGAUGUCGGGGGCAGGCCCGGGGGACCAGAUGGUUGUCGGGUGUAUGGCCUUUAAUCGAUACGGCUCUGUGUACCAGGAAGCUAGACUCAUCUGAACCAUGUACACAGUACACUUGCUGACAAUUCACUCUUACAGAUCCAGAUGACAUAGUCAUGCUAUUCCCGUUGGAGAUCAGGUCGUCACAGUUGUAACUGAGUAGGAAUGAUUCUUGGCUAUAGAACUCAGGGAAGAUCAACUCUCAACUAGGACCUGACAGAUGUUAUUGUACGGUUACAUGGGUCUGUGAUAGUGGAUUGUUGCUCACACCAUCUGGGAAGAUCACCUCUCAACUAGGACCUGACAGAUGUUAUUGUACAGUUACAUGUGGGUCUGUCACAGUGGAUUGUUGCUCACACUAUCUGGGUAGAUCAACUCCCAACUAGGAUCUGACAGAUGUUAUUGUACAGUUACAUGUGGGUCUGUCACAGUGGAUUGUUGCUCACACAAUCUGGGAAGAUCAACUCCCAACUAGGAUCUGACAGAUGUUAUUGUACAGUUACAUGUGGGUCUGUCACAGUGGAUUGUUGCUCACACUAUCUGGGAAGAUCAACUCUCAACUAGGACCUGACAGAUGUUAUUGUACAGUUACAUGUGGGUUUGUCACAACGGAUUGUUGCUCACACAAUCUGGGAAGAUCAACUCUCAACUAGGACCUGACAGAUGUUAUUGUACAGUUACAUGUGGGUUUGUCACAACGGAUUGUUGCUCACACAAUCUGGGAAGAUCAACUCUCAACUAGGACCUGACAGAUGUUAUUGUACAGUUACAUGUGGGUCUGUCACAGUGGAUUGUUGCUCACACAAUCUGGGAAGAUCAACUCCCAACUAGGAUCUGACAGAUGUUAUUGUACAGUUACAUGUGGGUUUGUCACAGUGGAUUGUUGCUCACACAAUCUGGGAAGAUCAACUCCCAACUAGGAUCUGACAGAUGUUAUUGUACAGUUACAUGUGGGUCUGUCACAGUGGAUUGUUGCUCACACAAUCUGGGAAGAUCAACUCCCAACUAGGAUCUGACAGAUGUUAUUGUACAGUUACAUGUGGGUCUGUCACAGUGGAUUGUUGCUCAAACCAUCUGGGAAGAUCAACUCUCAACUAGGACCUGACAAAUGUUAUUGUACAGUUACAUGGGUCUGUGAUAGUGGAUUGUUGCUCACACCAUCAGUGAAGAUAUUACAGCGAGAGCCAAAUUUAAUUGUUACUAGAUUCCCAAGAAAGUCGGUAACCGGAAACCCUAAUUAGUAUAUAUAUAUAUUAAUAGAGAUUACAGUGAUAUUGGAGGUAGCUUACAUAAACCGCGUCACUUAGCACAGAUUGAAACUCUUAUAGCUGUGAAAGGAACAAGAAAACUAUGGGGAUAUGGACAAGCAUACAAACCACGAUUACAUGAUCUCUGCACAAGAAAUCAAAUGUAUAUAUAACAUCGAAAGUUAGUUAUCUUGGGGCAUGGAACAGAUUUGGAAGAAGCAAGUCUUGAGAUUUAAUAUAAACAUGAUUAAAAUUGUAUGAUGCUGUAAAAAGAAAAUAUGGAGUUUGGGUGAAGAUGUGUAAUCAUGAA